AUGGGUUCCGCCGAAUCGAAGCAGGAGGGCAAGGACUUCACCGUUAAGGACACCUCGGAAACCAACUACCCCUACAGCAACAACCGCCCCAUCGCCGACCCGUGCCAGCUCACCCGACGGGCUCUCGAGGAGUGCCUGUCGGACCGCGGCGCAGAGGAGGGCUGCAAGGCGCUGAUGGACGCGCACCGCAAAUGCCUCAAGGAUCAGAAGCCGUACUACCCGGUCGACAUCAAGAAGUCCACU